AUGAAUACGCGGAUGAGAAAUUCGUAGCUGCCCGUGCAAGCGACCUCUGCGUUCCUUUGUUCUUUGCACUUGCACGGAACCUUGCCUGAAUGACCUGUACAUGAGGGCGGAAGGAUACGAUCGAUUAGUUGCUAAAUACCACAAAGCCCUGAGCCUUCUCGAGGACACCCGAUAUCAGCUCUAUUGUUUCCUCUCUUUUCAGCCACUUCCCGAAAGUCAUGAGAAAUAUCUAUUGUCCAGCAACGAGGCGUUCAUCGAGAAGCAGUGGCCAGGCCUACCUGACUCGGUAAAUAUGAAAGCGACGGAUAUUAGUCGGGAUGACUACCGGUUCAUGCAGAGAGCCCUCCGAAACGUUAUUGGAGAGCUAUAUGCUUUGGAGCAGUUGAAGGUCACAGCUAUUGGCCAGACGUUCAUAAGAAGCUUUCCAAAGGAAUUACAGCAUUCCUUUGGUAAUGAUGCUCUGAUUCCUGGCCCAUUUUUGACUCAUCGAGAUAUGGCUUUAAGAAUUUGGAUGCGUUCCAGAAAAGAGGGAGAUUGGUGGAAUUAUGCGAGAGACAAAUACCCCUCACCUCCGGAUGGUUUCAGGGAGUACUGUGAUGACGAGCACCCUGAUCGAAUCGGAAACUGGUACUUCGAGAUUUGGCGCCGGUACAAGGAAUUUGAAGGUGGACAAGACGAAGCUCAAGGCCGACAUCAAUGGUCGCCACAUGUGCAACCAGUGAUUGGUAGCUCUCAGACAAGCGAAGAAGUAGGGUUCGCCAGUAAACGCACAGAGAGACCCCACAAACGACAGCGAUUACCAUCACAGUCUACUACGAUUACGAGGAUGAUCCUCGAUACUUUAUGAUGACGUACAACUUGUCAUUGAUAAGUUAUUACAAUGAACUCAGACAUAAACACAGCUGUGAGUGAUUCAAUGAAUGGGCUCUACCCAGCCCAACCUAAGUUCCUAUUUCGAUGUGCAAGACUCAUGUCGGCUUUCGCAUAUAGUCGAAUGAUGCCUACUCCUCCUUGUUCCGCAAAGUCCAUGGUUCGGA